AUAUAAUUCUUAUCAAAAGCAUGUUGUCGAACUUAUCUAAAAUUUCUGCAAUAAUCGGAAAGUCAAUAAAUAAUAAAGCACUGAUGAAAGAAUCAUACAAAACUGAUUAUAAAUGGGAAGUCGUUUGGAAAAAUGUUAUUAUGUUUACCUAUAUUCAUCUUGCUGCCAUUUACGGAAUGUACAUGGCUUGCUUGUAUGCUAAAUAUUGGUCAAUUCUAUGGUUUGUUGCUCUUGGUAUUGCUGCAAUGAUAGGCGUUACCGCUGGCACUCAUAGAUUAUGGGCCCAUCGAUCUUACAAGGCAAAGUGGCCCAUGAGACUUAUUCUCAUGAUUUUCCAGACUAUCGCUUUUCAAGAUAGUAUUUACCAAUGGGCCAGGGACCACCGCGUGCAUCAUAAGUUCACCGAUACAGACGCGGAUCCGUAUAAUGUGCGCAGAGGAUUUUUCUUCUCGCAUAUCGGUUGGCUUUUAAUUCGCAAGCAUCCUGAUGUCGUUAUUAAAGGCGCCACGAUCGAUUGCAAUGACCUAAUGCAAGAUCCACUUGUGGUAUUUCAAAAAAAGUGGUAUGGGUAUUUAAUGCCGCUCUGUGCUUUCAUUAUACCAACGUUAGUGCCUUGGUGGGCAUGGAAUGAGAGUUUAUGGUAUUCAUGGCAUCUUGCAAUCUGUAGAUAUUGCAUAAAUAUAAAUAGCACUUGGUCGGUGAAUUCUGUGGCUCACAUAUGGGGUAUGAAACCAUACGACAAGUCAGCCAGCUCUACUGAAAAUAUUGGAGUUACUUUGUUGACGUGUGGUGAAGGCUGGCAUAACUAUCAUCAUGCCUUUCCCUGGGAUUAUAAAACGGCGGAACUUGGAAAUUAUAAAUUCAAUUUGGCCAAAACAUUUAUUGACUUUUUCGCUUACAUCGGUUUGGCUUACGACUUAAAGACUGUAUCUGAUGAUAUGGUAAAGAAACGUGUUCUUCGAUGUGACGAGCCAACUGACAAUCCAACUAUUACAGGAGAAGGUGAUAUUAUGAUCAUAUUUAUCACUUAUGGAUUAGGAGGAGUAGGUACCACUGCCGGUCCUCAUCGUUUGUGGACUCAUCAAGCUUAUAAAGCAAAAUGGCAGCUUAGAGUUAUACUUGGUGUUCUCUAUGCUUCGGCUGGCAUGAAUAACAUUUACGAAUGGGUACGAGAUCAUAGGGUGCAUCACAAGUAUACGGAUACGGAUGCAGAUCCGCAUAACAGUAACCGAGGGUUCUUUUUCUCUCAUGUUGGUUGGUUGAUGGUGAAAAAAAAUCCAGAUGUGAUUCGAAGAGGUCGUCAGGUGGAUAUGAGUGAUGUAUUGGCUGAUCCUGUUGUUGCAUUCAAUAUCAAAUAUUUUCCGAUAUUAAAAUUUAUGUUUGCUUUCCUGCUUCCGGUGAUGUUACCUGUGUAUGCGUGGAAUGAGACUUGGUAUAGAGCUUUCGUGUCCCAGGAUAUUAUCCGUUAUGUUAUCCUUUUAAAUGCCAUAUGGAGUGUCAAUAGUGCGGCUCAUAUUUGGGGUUCAAAGCCAUAUGAUACGCAUAUAAAUCCGACAGAGAAUCGAUGGGUUAACUUCUUUACUGGCGGUGAAGGACUUCACAAUUAUCAUCAUGUUUUUCCUUGGGACUAUAAGGCUGCUGAAUUAUACGGUUCCCCAACCACAGCUUUUAUUAACUUUUUUGCGAAAAUUGGGUGGGCGUACGAUCUCAAAGAACCGUCGAAGGAACUCGUAAAAACUAUCAUGAGGAAAAGGGGUGAUGGAAGUCAUUCUUUGUGGGAAGCUGUGCCAUAUCCAGCUAUAAGUAAAAUUGAAUAAUAAAAGUGACAGAGAAUUAUCUCAUUUUUAUAAUAGAGAGUUUUAUUGAAUCAAUUAACAAACUGUGGACGCACAGAAAAAAAAUUAAAUUUAAGUAAAUAUAUUUAUAAAUUUACAAGUGGCUAGAAAAUACAAAUAUAAAAUACAAGGAACAUGCAGCCACACGCAGGAUGUUUUUUGCGAAUGUCAUAUAUUUAAAAUUCUUACGUUAACAAAAAUUUCAGGCCCGAUUAGUUUAAGAAAGAAGCCCGAUGAAAGAAGAUGGUCCGAUUAGAUUAGGAAAGCAGUAAAAAAAAUGUGAGAC